GACAGUGCGCCUCCCGGAGGCAGCGAAAGCCUACGCCGGGCUCAUGUUAGGGGAAACGACCCCAGUCAGGGAACAGCCCAAAUAAUAAGCCUGGACUCCCCGUGGCCUUCUCGCUCGGGGACCCCAGUCAGCAGCCCUCCUCGCCAGUGUCCCAUGUCCCGGGGUCCCUAACCACUCGGGAGACCCACUGGGCCUGUCACCCCUCUUCACCCUCGUCCUGUAUUCCCAAUACGCAGGGCCCUCAGAACCCUCUGGCUCCUUAUCAGCUCCUGAGGCCUUCAAUAGUCCUUCACGUUACACUUGCAACUUCUAGGGCCUGAAGCAGCCUUUUAAGCUGUCUUGCCAUUCCCAGAACCUGCCCAUACCCUACCAUCCCUUAUCCCCAGCACCCCGUAUUCCUGACUACUGAAACCUGAAGCAGCCCCUUCACCCUACUCCCCUCUGUUCCUAAGGCUCCUAACAGUCCCUCGGUCCAUCCAUCCCCACCUUGGGAAUCCUCAGUAGUACCCUUAUCCUGUGCUCCAGUUCAGGGGACCUUCAGUCUCAUCCUGGCUCCCGCCCUCCCACACAGAGGCUGACUCCUAAAAGCCCUGCCAGCCUCCACCUGACCUGGGCCGGUGCUCCCCGCUCCCAGCACCCCGACUGACAUUCCCAUUUGUGUUGUCUUGCGGCUGUUGAGCUCUGGGGUGGGCGUGAAGCACACAGGCAGUGGUGCCAAGAAAGCCCCCAACACCCGUGCCCCUACCUCCCAGGACACCCAAAGAAGAGCAGCCACCAUGCACCUUCCCGAAAGCCUGCAGGACCUGGCCGACAGUGAGACAGUGCGUUUUCUGAGGAGACCAAAGAGCAUCUCGAGGAUCUGCGGAGGGGUCUUUUCCCUGGUCAUCUUUUCCUCUCUGCUAACUGAUGGUUACCAGAACAGGACAGAGAAUCCUCAGCUCCGCUGCGUCCUCAACAGCAAUCAUGUGGCUUGUAGCUUCGCAGUAGAAGCUGGCUUUCUGUCCUUCCUCAGCUGCUUGAUCUUCCUUGCCUUAGACGCCCGUGAGAGCCGCAUCACGGGCAGCCGCUUUAAGACAGCCUUCCAGCUCUUGGACUUCAUCCUGGCUGUCCUCUGGGCAGGUGUCUGGUUUGUGGCCUUCUGCUUCCUGGCCAGCCAGUGGCAGCACUCGAAGUCCAAGCAUUUCCUCUUGGGGAACAGCAGCGCCAAGGCGGCCAUUGCCUUUGCUUUCUUCUCCGUCCCUGUCUGGAUAUUCCAGGCCUACCUGGCCUUCCAGGACCUCCGAGACGAGGCUCCAGUCCCCUACAAGCGCUCCCUGGACGAGGGUGGUGUGGUGCUCAACACCCUCUCCCCAUCGUCCACCAUUAGCCCUGUCAACCCUCCCACCACAGGCCCCAACAGCGUGAGUUACACCAGCUCAGCACUGUCCCCCUACCUGACGGCCCCAAAGGGCCCCCGCCUGGCCAUGAUGCCAGACAGCUGAACAGCCUUACCCACAUCAGUAAAGAGCUCUUCUCCCUCUGAGGGGUUUCUGAAUAA